CUGCUUCACCGUCUCUAUUUCUUACAACAAACUGAUGGAAGACUACGGCCUUUCCUUAUACCAGCAUGACUCGCACACGGGUGUGACGGCUCUCAUGCUGGUACUCAACAACCACUAUUCAAAUAUCCACAAUCCAUUGAUCGCACCGGGUCAGUUGCUUGUAACGUGGUGUGACAGGCAUGAGCUGUGCGUUUGUUCGUGCAAGGUGUUGGGGUUCAAAAGUCGCUAUCAUUCUCACUACUACCCGGGACAUGUUUCUCAACCUCAAGAAGCUCGCCGGCAAGGUGGCACGUCUGAUUGAGUACGCCAAACGUGUCUGUAUACGAAUAUUCGAGGCCAUGCUCCCUCAUGCUGUUCACUAUGACGACCAAGCAGAAAUGAACGUGAUCCAGCAUCAAAUCAUACCUCUGCAAGAGUCAGAGAGGAUGCUGGCGACACGAUAUGGGAUGGCCGAGGAUUUUGAUUCGGUAGAAGUCUUUAGCGAGGCCAAAAAACGGGCAUUUGCCGGUGAUCACCAUGACCGUGCCUUCAAGGACCUGCAGGAAUUGGAUCGACUAAAUGAACUGAGGCUGAGGCUUGCUGGGCUCCGUCUUUCAACACGUGCCCAUGCAGUCACUCCUCCCGCAAACUAAGGAAGGAAUGAUAAUCGCCUCUAGGAUUGAGCCAUCAGAGCAUAGCAGAAAGCCACCUGUACGUCAGUGCGAGAUAUAUGUGUAUAUUAGCCAUUUUCUUUCGACAUUCACUGUAUGAAGUCAUGCUACCUACCUAUCUAGCACCUACCGUUUGCCUAACGUCUCGUCUUUCGUGCGCUAUUGCAACCUUUAUCUAUUUAUCUCAUUUGGGCCCACAUGUAACUUCUUGCCAGUUUCGAUGUCCUCUGAUAGGAACC